AUGGCACCAAUGCACCACACUACCCACAUAAAGAACGUCUCCUUCUACGAACACAACAUCUUCAACGCCGCAACCAAAGACCCUCACUAUGUCACUGCAUGGAUCUCUAAAGGCACCGAGAAUAUCAACGACCACCAUCUAAUAAUCGGUUUAGACACAGAGUGGCGCGCUUCCUUCUACGAACACAACAUCUUCAACGCUGCAACCAAAGACCCUCACUAUGUCACUACAUGGAUCUCUAAAGGCACCGAGGAUAUCAACGAACACCAUCUAAUAAUCGGUUUAGACACAGAGUGGCGCGCUUCCUUCCGGCGAGGAGGUGAAAACCGCAUCGCCAUCUUACAGUUAUGCGUCGGCCAUCGUUGUCUCAUCUUUCAAACCAUCCACGCACCAUACAUGCCUUAA